AUGAAGCUUGGCAGAGCGGUCAGCGAUGGAGGCAGCUGGCUGGAUCUUCAUGUAUGCUUGGUGUUUUUGCAAGAUUUACCAAAGGUAGGUUUAAGAAAGGUUUUGAAGACUUUCGGUAAGCUACAUCGAAUAGUAUUUAUGCACAAUGUUUAACGUUCAACUUUCUGAACAUGAUUAAGAUUACUUUAAUCCUCUAUAAUUAUGGGGAGGGCCUUUUUGACCGCUGAGUUUGCUAAACAUGCCUUUCUUUCGCCCUAUGUAAAGGAAUUCAAGAUGGAAGGCAUGGACGUACGAGAAGGAAAAAAUUAGGGGGGCGGAAAAAAAUUUGCCAGAUUUUUCGGAUUGUGCCUGACUUGUCGAAAAAAAUUUUACGGACAAACUUUCCAAAAUUGUUGACGACUGGGGCGGGAGAAAAGUUAUUACGAAAAAUUCCUAUUAGAUAGCAUAUUUCCCACAAAAUGGACAGAAUUUCCCACAAAAAUGACAGAAUUUGUCCCGUUUAUUUUUAUAAUAAGCCAAUAUUGCCCGACUGUGAAGCGAAUAUUGCCCGACUGGCUUUGUUUGCCCAACAAACUGGGGGGAGCUGCCGCCCCCUCCGCCCCGCCCCCCUAUGCCCGGUACGCCCAUGAUGGAAGGCGACUUGACUUCUCCAUUCCGAAUUCCAUUGCGAUAAAGUCAAUGGAUUCCAAUUUAUUUAGAUUUAGUUCGAGUGUAGAGUCCGUAAACAAAUUAGAUUCUGGAUCCUACUGUCCAGGUUCCGGAUUGCAAAGGGUGAAUUUUGCGGGAUUCCAGGUUCCAGAUUCACUUUAUUACAUAUCUGAAAUAUGCGUCAGUUUUAUUGGUAUCCUUCUUCAUUGUUUUAACAGUUUCAUCAGUUCCAAGGCAAUCCAAAACCAAUUAUAUUGAUACAGAUGUUGAUUGCAGAUUUCCGUGAGCGGUGUAGCGCCAACAAAGUUAAGAGCCUUUUAAAAAUUUCAAAUUAUGAAUGGCAAUUUGAGAUUUUAGUUUAUCAUCUGUUGCUUAGGCUCAUUAGGACUUCAAAAAACAAAGGUAGGUGGGUCGUUUUCAAAUUUACUAGAAAUAGUCUCUCUUUAUUCUUAUUAGCCCGCGUGCAGGCCCAAGGGACGAAUAGUGUGCCUGCAAGGCCCGGUGUUUUGUAUACUUUCAGCGUUCGCCCACGAACGCGGCAUUCUGAUUGGUUAUUUGCUGUUGGAUUCUAUAAUUAGAUCAGUGAUUUAUCACAAAAGUUCUCGAUAAGCUUAAAAUUCGAAAAUUUAUCAUUUUUUUCGAUUAAAAAUGAAACAGGAACAGACGUUUAUUGUUUACUUGAAGGAAGAGAUGUUUUGCCGUUAUGCUAAUGAGGAUUUCUUGUUGUGAAGUGUUGGAAUAGCAACAUUACGACUGGCGUGAACUCACUAAACUAUAGUAACCUUUACUUGAGUUUCAUUAAUUUCAAAUAGACUUGAUAUGUUAUAUGUCCAUCCAGAAAAUUAUCUUUUGGUUCAUGUUGACUAUGUUCUAGAUCUUGCACUGAUGAAAACAGCGCUUUUCACGGUGAAGAUUUAGAGGCAGUUGCAUCUAAGCCUAUUCAAAACACUUUGCAAUUUGCAAGGCUUCGCUGAGAGAUCGAAACAAAAGACGGUAAUUGCCGUUUGAAACGAAACGAUCUGGACUCUGAACGCUCUCUUCUUUUUUAGAGUUCUUUACCAAAUGAAAUAACUGAAAUAAAUUUCGUAAUUUCCGCCGCCAACAAGAAUUGCACACACGAUCUGAUAAGCGAGACAGUUUAUUAUAACAAUGGCGACAGCGAAGCACACAUUAGUGCUGUGGUCGCACGACUUCCCUCACGAUUUGUAGCUUGAGACAGGUUUUCUGUUGAAAUUGUCCUAAUUUGCCUGUUCCGAUUUUAGUUGAAAAUGAGCACUGAAUUUGUCAAUCACUGACUGCGUUACUUGCUUUUUUUUGGAGUUAAAACGCAGCCACUUACACAUUGUUUCUGUUCUGAAUAAGCAGAGAAAACCCCGGAACGUUAUAAUGCGAGUUUGUUUGUUAAUGUUUGGGUUGCUGUAAUUGGUUCUUUUUGACAGUUGACGCGCGAAUGGGACGUGUUAUGAAAAGGGGCGUUUUACAAAAUACCGGGUCUUGCAUGCAAAUACCGGGUCUUGGGCCUACAAGCGGAUUAUGUUCUUAUUGUUAAUUGUUGUUGCCGCUGUCGUUGUCUUUCUCCUUGCCAUUGCCAUUGCCAGUGUUAGUGUCGUUGCUGUUGUCAUUGUCAUUUUCAGAACAAUGCGGUUAGGUCUAAAAUAUGAACAUAGUCAACCCUCAAGUCCUUAUGCCACAGAUGUAGUUAUGCUAUCAAAAAACCAAACACACAUCGCGCUAUCAAAAAUCUGUUUUUUCUUUAUUUUUCCUUAUUUUUCAGCAAUUAUUGAGCAGGUUUUUACAGGGGAACAAGGUUGUGGCGGUGUUCUUCGAACAUGGAUUCAAAAUAAGUCUACGACAACCAAGGAUGAUCAGCUUAUCUUGAUGAAUCUCGACAAAUUAUGCAAGAGAGCUGUAUUUGUUGCAACACCGAGCAGUUUUAAGCAGUUCAUUACAGACAACUGCAAAGGUGAUGAAAAACGGUUUAUCGAGAAUUUAUCCAUUCAUCAGCUAUCAGCAGCAUAUAGAGAUAAAGUCUUGGAGAUCUUUCCAGAAACACGAGCUCGUAUGGGCCAAACACGGGUCAGUAUUUAUGAUGCACUAAUGAGUGGGAAAAAAUGCUUGCUGAAACUACACCAACAUUCCAAAGAAGAACUGCUAAACACAGACGCUUUAAGGACAGUUCCUCUACGAAAAGAAAUCGAAAUUCUCCAAGUUUUGAAUGCUGUGCCAUGUCCAAACCUUGUACGACUUUUCGGCUCACGCACUGAAGCCCCUAUGCAUAUGAUCGUAGAGAGAACGCCAAAAGGCGAUCUCCGGGCCUACCUUCAAGGCAUUGCAAUCCUUCCCACCCCGCCUGAAGCCGAAGAAUUACUCCAGAUUGCUCUCGAUGUUUGUAACGCCAUGAUUUUUCUUGGUGGAAAGGAUAUAAUCCAUCGUGAUUUGUGCGCCAAGAAUUGUUUUGUUUUCAUAGAAGAAGGAAAACUGCUCACCAAACUUGGCGACUUUCACCUUGCACGUCUUUCUCAUUCUGGCCCGAAGUCGCCAAAUAAUACUUUAAGUCGUCAACAGAGCUCUUCAACAUCUGUCACUAAAGAUUUAGCGAAUCAAUUUGCUGUGCGUUGGAUGGCUGUUGAAGCAAUUCAGUUUGGUGAAUUUGGCGACGCAUCUGAUGUGUGGUCGUUUGGUAUAUUGUUGUCUGAGAUCUUCACCUUUGGUGGCAAGCCAUAUAUCAACAUGCCAAGUGGGCUGUCUUUGGAUCGUGACGAAGACGUUGAAGAAUUUGUAAGUAUAGCACUUUUGUUUAGAAAUAACAAAAUUGUCGAAAUAAUUGAGUAUGCCAAGGGAAAUCAUUUUAUGAAAUAGAAUUUGGAGGUUACCAAUGUCGUUCACGAGAUAAAUUACUUUAAAACCAAAAUAUCCGCCAUAUUAAAGCGACAAUGUUGCCAUACCAACGGCAGUUGUGUAACUUUAUGAAAAAUUUCUUUAGAUUAUUAGAUGUUGUUUUGAAUAAGUUAGAUGUUUUUUAUUUUUUUUGCAAGUAAUACUUGUUCAAAAAUACGCCUCUAAAUCUCAAAAUUUCCACCUCAAACAAAUAGUGUUGAGGUCAACACCUCCUUGUCGGCCAUCCCCCUAUUUGAUAUUUAUGAUUCAAUUGUUUGUUAUGUAAAUAUCUCAGUGAGUAUCUAUCCCCUUUAGAACGAAAAACGCCGUUGAAAUCUUUACCGAAUAACCUUUUGAACGGGGGUCCAAUGCCGUCAAAACAUUACACAAACCAAAACAAUCAUGCAUUUACUCGCCCUUGGACAAACAUUCGGAAUUUCCUGUUAAGAAAAAAACUUCAAUAUCUUCUAAACUCUUCGUUAUUCGCCCAAAUCCAUAUUAGUAAAAUACUUCUUACAUUGAAGUGCUUUCAUGUAGAAAGUAGUUUGCUUGAAUACAACGAGUAGAAAUAUCUAUUUUGAAUUUUUCAAGACUGAACAUCUAAAUACGGCAAUACAAGAUGUAAAUUUGGAGACACAAGCCUGAAAAUAACACUGUAAAUACUGUUUUGUAAAAUGCGUCAAACAAAGCUAUUACCAAGAAGAUACGUCGCAAGGGGCCGAAGUUAUGUUUGGCGAAAUGUAUACUUAGUUCAUAUUUUCAUUUUUUUUAUUCAUUUUGUCACUCACAUGAGCGAUGUACAUUUAGAUAGAGAUAUAUCAAUAACAAUAAUUAGAAAAUGCUGUGACAGGAAAAGAAAACAGAAACUAAAUUCCAAUUGAUAUUCAAACCGUUAACAAUUAAUGGAUAACGAGAGGUACUAAGGCAAUUGUGCACGAAUAUAUCACAGAUUACAUGCAACUUAACAUAUGGGAUAACAAAUGCAGAACAAAUUUUAGAGUACAAUUAUCUAAGUUGGUAUGUUGGUAGACAGUUUGGCUUUGUAAUAAGAGUGUAGAUGGUGCUUCAAGCUCUUCAGGAAAUUAGCGACUUUGAUGUUUGGUGGUAUAUUGUUCGAGAGGAUGACAGUACACGAGAAAUAGGUUUGUCGUAAACAUUCUUGAUUAUUGCAGAUGAUUUUGUUUCGACCAUUCGUUAGGGUCGAAGUUGUGUGUCGCAUAGGAGUUAGUUUCCGGUGUAAGGUAUUGGUUAAAUGUUCGUGGAAUUAAUAAGGUUGUUUUUUAUCUUAUAUAAUACUGAUCAGUCAUAAAGUUCAUGUCCGCGUUCAAGUGAGAGAAUGUUUAAGGAUAUUAUUUGUUUGUCUCUGUCGGUAACAUCCCGAAGAGGGCAAGAAUGAAUUUCAAUGCUCUGCGUUUUCUAUUAAUUUGCGUGCUUUGGCUGAGUGAGGUGACCACACACACGACGCGUACUCAAGCUUAUGUCGUACAACAGCACAAUAGAAAAGCUCCUGCGUAUUGGCAUCCACAACGUCUCUAGAACACACUCGCUUAGUUAGACCAAGGAUUUAAUUGGACCUGUUGCACUUGCUUUCAAUAUGGUUAGCCCAGGGUAGGUUUUUAGAUGCGAUGACACCUAGGUCAGAGCACAGUUAGUGGUCAAAGGUGUGUGUCACACUUUUCAAGAGAAGCAGAGGAGCAUAUGAUGUUGAACACGAUCAAAUGCCUUGGACAGGUCUGAGUGGAUGCCAUCAACAUCUUUCCAACCAGCUAAUUAGUGAUUUCUUGGUAGAUGUGGUUUUGAUUUUUUCUGCGUUGAUGUUAUGUGGCGGUGCCGUAUAGCAAGCUUGAUAAUUAGGAGGGGGAGGGGGGCUCAUAUUUAUAUAUUCUUGUUCACAGACCACAAAAACAAUCAAUUUCAAAAGAAAUUAAUAACGCAGAACACGAAUAUAUGAAUAUGAGCCCCCCACCAAAUUAUCGAGCUUGCUAAGGCACUGUGCAUGUACUCAGGUGAAUAUGAUGUUUGUGAUGUUAUUCCGAGUGUAUAUUUAUCCACACCAGGCAAGCUUGAAACAUUUGCCUGGCCAAGUUGGGAAUCGAACCUACGACCUUUUAAAUACUAGCCCAAUGCUUUGCCAACUGAGCUAUACGCGGUCAGGUCGGUUCGAGUAUGUGAUGUUUCGGAACUGAGUAUGCAAUGGUCUGCAAUCGAGUAAUCAUAAUUAUUUUCUGUGUUGACAUUAUGUACUCGGGUGAAUAUGAUGUCUGCGAUGUUUCUCUGAGUGUAUAUCCACACCGGGCAAGCUUGAGAAAUAUGCCUGGCCACGAAAAAAAAAAAUCUCGAUCAUUAGAUUGCAUUGAUAUCGAAGGAACUAGACUCAGUUCCGAAAUAUCACAUAUUCGAACCGACCUGACCGCGUAGCUCAGUUGGCAGAGCAUCAGUGGCGGAAAUUCACUUUUUUCGGGGGGGGGGGGGCAAAGCCUCCUAAAUUUCCGACAAAACUUUCACAUUUCCGACGUACCCCCCUAUUUGCACUCGAAAAGACUGUUUUCGCCCUCUUUUUGGUCAAAAUUUCCGAAAAUUCGUCAAUUUUUCGUGAAGGGGGGGGAGGGCGCCCCCUCCCACGCCCCACCAAGAUUUCCGCCACUGCAGAGCAUUGGGCUAGUAUUCCAGUGAUCGAACCUACGAUUCCCACCGUGGCCAGGCAUAUUUUUCAAGCUUGCCCGGUGAGAAUUAUAUAUGCACUCAGAGUAACAUUACAAACGUAAGACGUGGUUUUGUUCAGAAAAUUGAGUAAUUUGAUAUUAUACGAUCUCUCUUGACUUUCAAAAGCUAUAAAUUGGUACAAUUUUGAUAUCAACUAUCUGAAAUCGUUAGCCGUAAUGGCGGUAUUUGUGUCUUCGUAUAAACAUGGAUACACCGAACCGAACAUAUAAAGCUUCAAAGUCGGAUGGCGCGCUAUUGCUAUUCAAACACAGGGCAUAGUCGACAGAGAUGUACCUUCUUGUUUGAUAUACCUUCUAGUAACCUCGGAUCCUUUUCUUCCAUCAGGUCCUUAGCGGUAACAGACUCGAACUUCAUCCAAAAAUUCCUGAAUCAAUUAAAGUGCUUAUUCAGUUAACAAUGGUGGACGCAGAUCACAGACCAUCAUUUACCAGCCUCAGAGAGAACUUCCUGGCAAUAAAAUUCGAGGACGGUAAGUAAUUUGCAUAAUUUGUGUGCAGAAGUUUUGAUAAAACAGUAAGACUUAUCUAUUGAUUCGAAGACUAGAUGUUUUACUAUUCAAUGCUAGGUUAUCGUUUAUAUAUAUGCACGAUUGUUGGGGGGAAAUGUUCAUUCAGGCAGUGGAAAUUUAAUUACUUGCAAUAAAAACACAUCAGUUUAUAUGUUUUAACAUUUCCAACCAAUCUUAAAAUAUGCACUCUGUUGUUUUCAUGCACAAUGUAUAGGACAAAUUACAUGUACGACAUAAAAAGUACAAUGGAUAUGUGUUUCUCUUCCUAAAGAUUAAAAGACUUUCUUGUGCUAUUGUUUAGACAUCUAUGCAAGUCCAGCCAACUUCGAAUAUUCCUAUGUCAAUUAUAAUGCAUCUGACAUCGUAAGUAUUUAACGUAUUAUAAUAUAUGAACCCUCACUUCAAAAUGCAUACUAGCCAAUCAAGAACGCGAUACCAUUUUCUCACAAUUGUCAACUGGCAACCUUUGAUAUAACUCUCUGGCAACCAAUGGUAAAGCUACUUUAUUCUCGGUUUAUCACACAGUUAUUUAACCCGUUUUCAAUUUUUGAAGAAUAGAUGGAGCGCCUUUCAGUGUUUUUGACUUUAUUAUGCAUAAUUAAGUAUUACAAAAAAAAUAUGCUAACAAUUCACGGAAAUGUUUCCGAACCGCAAUAAUAUCUUUUCAAUAUUUUUAGGCUUUUGAAUGGGUAAUUUUCCUUUGUUGCUUUAACUAAAAAUUUGUUGUUUAUAUAUAUUUUAGAGUCUUCGGCCAAACAAACCGAGAAGUAGUUGUAAUGCGAACGGUUGUUUUGGUGAAUGUCUAAAUGCCCCAGACAUUGCUAUGAAUGUUGGUGAU